AGUGGGAAACACAACAGGGAGCUUUAAUUGUACGUACACACACAUAUUGUACUACGUUCACACCUACUAACCAAAUUUCAUUUGGAUACUUCUAAUUCUUAUCUACGUUCAGCUUCCUAUAAAUUUUGACUGCAUUUCCUUCACUUCCACAACCUCUCUUUACCUUCAAAGUUAUAAAACUUCCAAUUCCAUCCAAUUCACAAGAUAUGGAAGCCUCAAAUUCUAUAGCACAAAAAACCAUUCUAAUAAUACUGCUCUACACAACUUCCACCAUCACUUUCGUCUCUGCUCUCUCGAAAACAAAUGUGGAAUUCAUCAAAUCAUCAUGCAGUUUCACUACUUACCCUACACUCUGUGUCAACUCACUCUCAACUCGAGCAGGUGCGAUCCAAACAAGCCCUAAGUUACUAGCCCAAACAGCUCUAUCCGUCACCCUUGACACCACUCGCUCCACCUCCGCGGCAAUUGUAAAAUUGUCGCAAAUUCAUGGCAUGGCUCCUCUAGAGGUUGCUGCCAUGAAAGACUGCAUUGAGUUGCUGGGUGACUCGGUCUAUGAGUUAGAGAAGUCCCUUGAGGAGAUGAGUCGACCGGGAUCCAAAAGUUCCCGGCUAGUGAUAAGCGACUUACAAACAUGGGUAAGUGCUGCAAUGACAGAUGAAGACACAUGCAUUGAAGGGUUUGGGAAUACAAAAAUGAAAAAUGUGGUGAGAGGAAAGAUUGUGAAUGUUGCACAAUUAACCAGCAAUGCUUUGGCUUUGAUAAACAGUUAUGCUAGCUUUUCUAAGCAGCCGUAGGUAGUUAAUUGAGGGAAAUUAUUAGAUCUGAGGAUGUACUUCAAGAAUCAUGAAAUAAGGCAGCAGAAAGGAUUAGCAUCAGAAAUAAAAUAGAGGUCAAUAUGUAGCAUAAAAACCUACAAUAUGUAUGUUGUUAUGGUUCCUAGGUAGCAAUGUGUGAAUGUAUGACUGGUAGCUUUAAUUGCAAAUGUGUGGAUGUAUUAUUGAGUGAAAAUAUAUCGUAUUGCUUUCUA